UAUAGUGAAUGCAGGGUCCGGGGAAACCGGAUAUAGUGAAUGCAGGGUCCGGGGAAACCGGAUAUAGUGAAUGCAGGGUCCGGGGAGACCAGAUAUAGUGAAUGCAGGGUCCGGGGAGACCAGAUAUAGUGAAUGCAGGGGUCCGGGGAGACCAGAUAUAGUGAAUGCAGGGUCCGGGGAGACCAGAUAUAGUGAAUGCAGGGUCCGGGGAGACCGGAUAUAGUGAAUGCAGGGUCCGGGGAGACCGGAUAUAGUGAAUGCAGGGUCCGGGGAGACCGGAUAUAGUGAAUGCAGGGUCCGG